CUCACACUUUUUACAUCCCCUCCUCAGAUCACGUACUCGGCCGCCUCCUCUGACCAUUCCUCCCUUCCUCUACUGAGAAAGCAGCAACAACACAAUUUCAUCUCUGAAGGUUGGGGAUACGCUUUUCCAUUUUUAGGGGGGGUUGCCAAAUUAUUUCUCUUAAGCUUGAAAGUCAACUCAAAAGCCUCAAAGUGCAGCAGAAGUAAAGGACCAUGAAUUGGCACUGGCUACUUCUCUCUACCUUAUGUGUUCUCUCCUGCGGGAGAGGCACUUGGGCAGAAGAGGGUCUAGAUUUCCCUGAGUACGAUGGCAAGGACCGCGUGCAUGACCUCCACAUGAAGAACUACAAGGCAGUGAUGAAGAAGUACGAUGUAAUGGUGAUUCUGUACCACGAACCAGUCGAGGAUGACCGUGCAGCACAGAAGCAAUUCCAGAUGGAAGAGCUUAUUCUUGAGCUACUUACCAACCCGGCUGCCUUGACAUAUCAGCUUGCUGCUCAGGUCCUGGAAGAUCUUGAAGAUGAAGAUAUUGGAUUUGGUCUUGUGGAAACUGAAAAGGACGCUGCUCUUGCCAAAAAACUAGGUCUAGAUGAAGUGGACAGCAUUUAUGUUUUCACAGAAGAUGAAGUAAUUGAGUAUGAUGGAGAGCUGGCUGCUGACACAUUAGUUGAAUUUAUACUUGACGUGAUUGAGGAUCCUGUAGAGUUCAUUGAAGGGGAUCAUGAGUUGAGAGCUUUUGAGAACAUUGAUGAAGAGAUCAAGCUGGUGGGAUUCUUCAAGAAUGAAAAGUCUGAACAUUAUAAAGAGUAUGAAGACGCAGCUGAAGAAUUUCAUCCUUACAUCAAUUUCUUUGCCACUUUUGACCCAAAGAUUGCCAAGAAGUUGGACCUGAAACUAAAUGAGAUUGAUUUCUACGAACCUUUCAUGGACGAGCCCAUUUUGAUUCCUGGAAAGCCCUGCACUGAGGAAGAAAUUGUUGACUUUAUUGAGGAGCAUGAGCGGCCAACUUUGAGAAAACUGGAGCCCUACAACAUGUACGAAACAUGGGAGGAUGACAUGGAUGGAAUCCACAUUGUGGCCUUUGCUGAAGAAGAUGACCCAGAUGGCUAUGAAUUCCUUGAAAUCCUGAAGGAAGUUGCUGAGGACAACACUGAUAACCCAGACCUGAGCAUUCUCUGGAUCGACCCUGAUGAUUUCCCACUGAUGGUUCCUUACUGGGAGAAGACAUUUGACAUUGACCUCUCCAUGCCUCAGAUUGGUGUUGUGAACGUCACUGAUGCGGACAGUGUCUGGUUGGAAAUGGAUGAUGACGAUGAUUUACCAUCAGCAGAUGAACUAGAAGACUGGAUUGAAGAUGUGCUAGAAGGUGACAUCAAUACUGAGGAGGACGACGACGAUGAUGAUGACGACGACGACGAUGACGACGACGACGACGACGAUGACGACGACGACGACGAUGACGACGACGACGAUGAUGAUGACGAUGACGACGACGACGACGACGACGAUGACGACGACGAUGACGAUGACGAUGAUGAUGACGACGACGACGAUGACGACGAUGAUGAUGACGAUGAUGAUGACGACGACGAUGAUUAAAUUCCCUGUUCCCUAUUACAGUUGAUCUAUUCAAUGUACAUAAACUCUACAAUCACUAAUUUACAUUUUAUGCCCCCCUCCAUUGCCUAAAAUUGCUAUUACGGAUCCUUCAUAAGCCAGUUAAAUUUUUACCCAUGGGAUGAACUCACAAUGUAAAUUAAAAAGAAGUCCACAUGUCCAAAGGUCAUAUUUAUUUUUUGUCAAAGUGAUAGCCUGGCUUGCUCAAGGUCUACGAUAAAACGUACUGCUAAAUCAGGGCCCUUCCUUAGUGCUAUUGUGAGUCCCCAUGAGCCAGUGCUGCACUGUGUCACACAAGCAAACGUCAGUUAGAACGUAUGUAGCACUCUACAAACUCCAGCAAAUGACACAUUAAUACUCCAUGAGAAAGUGAAUUUAAAGUCCUUGUGUCAACCUUCAGUCGUCGUGUCUUUGACUAAAUGUCUUAAUUCCGAACCAUGCACACAAUCAAAUGAUGCAGAAACAACUUUUGAUACCCAGAUGAUUCCCCUUUGCAUUAUAAGAAUAGAGAGCUCUAACAACAAAGCUCAUACUUGGCAGUAGUCUGUAGCUGAACGUGCUGCACACAAGGGACUAGAAAGCGCAAUAUGAGGUCUGAAUUGUGUUUAAAUCGACCUGCCAGUGACUCUCCACUAUCAGGGUCUCUGCUCAGGGAUCAGAGUUGGACUUCAGAGGCCAUCACCACCUGUGUCCUGAAUGUACCAACGAAACUAACAGUUCUUCUCACACACUGCUCAGUAAUUGGGCUGUUCCUUCCCCACAAUGUUAAAAAAAAGUCACAUACACACACACACACACACACGCACACACGCACUCACACACACACACACACACACACACACAGAUACAGAUACAUGUCUAUACAACCAAAUGUUUUCUUUGAGCCUUUUUAUUUUUUAUUUGAUCUGAAAACAGGAGUUCACUGUAAAGUCUUAAAUUUUGGAAAAAAAAUAAAAGUUGUUUUUCCAAAUCAGUGUUGGAAGAGA